AUGAUCCCCAGGAGGAUCGAUAUAACUACACGAGCGAUUCCGAUCGCGAAGGCACAGUCAUCCCGCCGGCCUUGGCAGCUGAUGUGUUGGCAUCCCUUCCUUCAAUCACCGCGGGCGAUAGUCGUCGCGGGCCCAUUCUGCACGGUCGUUGUACCCUCUUCUUCUCAUGCCAGCUGUCAGCGACGUCUUCGGGGUGGUCACGACAGUAAUUGCAUUGGACUACAAUUGAACACAGUACCUGGAAGGUACUGCCCCACAGCGGGCCCCAAAUCCCCACCCCUCUCUCCUUACGGUUCCCUGAUCCUACGAGUCCACUGUGUUUUUGACCCGCGGGAUCCCCACCGUUCUCCGGGCUCAACAGCCUCUCUACGGAGAUCACGCGCCCAUUCGUAUCUUGCGUGGGUAUCUAUCUGA